AUGGGGGCUUUGGACUACUUCUCUAAUCUCUGUGAGUGUAGGAGCCUGCAUGAAAGCAAGCAGCUCCAUAAGCUCAGAAAACUCAAGCAACUCCAGACGGUCGAGAUAAAGGUGAAAAUGGACUGUGAAGGGUGCGAGAGGCAGGUGAGGAAGUCUGUGGAAGGAAUGAAAGGAGUGACCCAAGUCGUGAUCGAGCCCAAGCUGAACAAACUCACGGUCGUCGGAUACGUGGAACCCAAGAAAGUGCUCCACCGUGUCAAGCAUCGAACGGGGAAGAGGCCAGUCAUGUGGCCUUACGUGCCGUAUGAUGAGAUUCCCCACCCCUACGCACCAGGGGUGUAUGAUAGGAAGGCCCCACCCGGGUACGUGCGAAACCCCUCCCAAGAUCCCCAAGUUUCCAAUCUCGCACGUGCCAGUUCCACUGAGGUGAAGUACACCACAGCCUUCAGUGAUGACAACCCCAACGCAUGCAUAAUCAUGUGAAUCAGUCACAUCAUCACAUGUACCAUACAUGCAUGCAUACAUAGGUCCCCGCCAUACUCACCUGUUUUUAUUUUUUAUUUUUUAUUUUGU